AUGGAGGCACCCGCUGACUUAUCUGUGCUUAACCCACACCCGACACUAUUACCCGGCCCGGAUCUCCUCCAUCGUCUUAUCAGACAGCCGGACGACUCAAUAGCCUUGGACUACCUCGGCGGGAAUAAGCGCGUAUCGCUGUCCUAUCGCCAGCUCCAUGAUGCUGCAGAUGCCCUAGCGGCCAGGAUAUGUCGUGCAUUUGGUGAAUCCAGAGAUGAGUUUGUGGUUCCGGUUCUGGUUCACCAGUCGCCACACUUAUACAUAGCCUUGUUAGCUAUUCUAAAGGCUGGAGGUGCAUUCUGCCCGCUCAAUGUGGAUGCGCCUCCGGACCGAGUCAACUUUAUAUUGAACGAUGUUUCUGCGGUCGUGGUCGUGGCAUCCGCGGAGCUGGCCUCCCGUAUACCUCCCCAGAGCACCAUAAAGGUGCUUAUAGUUGAAGACGAAGAGGAGCCAUGCCUAGAUAUAGACUCUGUCGACUGUCGUGCUCCCAGCACGAGGGACUUGGCGUAUGUCAUGUAUACAUCUGGAUCAACCGGGGUUCCAAAAGGCGUUGGCAUCUCGCACUCUGCAGUAACACAGGCGCUGCUAGCCCAUAACCAGCAUGUGCCGACGUUUUCUCGUUUCCUCCAGUUUGCCGCUCCGACAUUUGAUGUCUCGGUGUUUGAAAUCUUCUUUCCGCUGUUUCGGGGGAGCACGCUGGUCAGUGUCGAUCGAAGGGAGAUGUUGAACGACCUGCCGGCAGUCAUUUCGGAGAUGAGUGUGGAUGCUUGCGAGCUGACACCAACGGUUGCGGCCAGCCUUUUGCGGAGACGAGAAAAUGUCCCGACGCUGCAGUUGCUGUUGACGAUUGGGGAGAUGCUCAAUGAGCCUGUAAUACGGGAAUUUGGCGGGAGCCAAGAUAGGAAGAGUCUACUAUGGGCCAUGUAUGGGCCGACGGAAGCCACCAUUCACUGCACUGUACAAGAAGAAUUCACUUCUACGUCCUCAAUAAGAAAUAUUGGCGUACCGCUACCCACCGUAUCGUGCUUUAUAGUUGAGCCUGCCGAAUCUGCGGACGAGAGUAGAGACGCCAAGAUUCUCCCCAAAGGAGAAGUUGGAGAGCUUGCCGUUGGAGGUUACCAGCUUGCCGAUGGAUAUCUCAACCGACAGGAGCAGACGGCUUCCUCUUUUAUACCCUCACCUUAUGGCUUAAUUUACAGGACCGGAGACAAAGCGCGCAUCAGCAGCGAUGGGAACAUAGAGAUUUAUGGACGCUUAUCCGAGGGCCAGGUAAAGCUCCGCGGUCAGCGGCUUGAGCUGGGAGAAGUUCAAUCUGCUGUAUUAAAAACCCCUGGAUGCCACUUGGCUGUUGGCGCCGUCAUUGAUUCCAUCCUAGUUGUAUUCUGCGUUGCGGAUACCGGCGUCACGGAAGACUUGAUCAUGGACCAUUGUCGGAGCUGGCUUCCACAGUUCAUGAUGCCUGGAGAACUAGUGUUAAUGGACGAGUUCCCUCGGCUGCCGAGCGGCAAAGUCGACACCAAGAGGCUGAAAGCGGAGUUUAUCGAGCAAAAGGUUGGCAAGGGCCAGGGUAAUUCCUCAGCUGGCCUGUCUGACAUUGAAAAGACUAUGCUGCGAGUCAUAUCGGAUACCCUGGGAGCUGAAGCAAGUUAUGAUAUGACUCUGGCUUCCGCAGGGAUUGAUUCUCUCGUUGCUAUCAAGUUGGCAUCAUCGCUUCGUUCGUCAGGGUUCGGCGUGAGUGUUGCGGAGCUGUUGAGCAUGCAGACAAUAGCACAACUUUGCUCUACAGUACAGCCUCUUUCAUCUCCUUCACAGAAUGAGACACAAUUGGUUGAUAUUCAUCUCAUGGACAAGCUGAGUUUAAUUGCGGAAAGCAAUAUUGCUUUACAAAAGGACUUGGAGCUUGUUGAAGACGUGCUGGUGUGCAGUCCACUUCAAGUGGCGAUGUUGUCGGAGACGGCACAGCGUCUGGAAGCUUACUGGAACGAGAUAGAGCUCGAGGCCACUCCUGGAAUUACUGCGACGGCAAUACAUGACGCCUUUCAUCUGCUUGCGCGGCAGAGGGAUAUCUUGCGAGCAGGGUUCGUUAGCUUGGAUGGUGGCUUUGUAUCGCCAAUAUUUAAAUCACUACAAUUCGACCAGAUACAAAUUGUCGAAGAAUUUCAUCAGCCAGAGCUAUCUGGAGACGAAGCAUUACUUCGUCCGCUUCGAGUACAGAUUCAACAGGCCAGAUCUGAUGCAGGCCCGCGCAUCCUGAUUAACAUCCACCAUGCUAUUUAUGAUGGCUGGUCUAUGGAUAUCAUACUCUCGGAUCUGACUGAUAUAAUCCGCGAAAGGCCAUUGUCUCAUCGACCGCAGUUUUCAAACCUCCUCGCUUAUACGAGCAACAUUCCAAGAGACGAAUUGGACAAUGCAAGGUCAUUUUGGGCUGAAUAUCUCGUUGAUUGGAAUAAGCCAAGUCGUCCGAAGCUGAGUGCUAGGCCAGUUGAGUCUGAUGAGACACUGUCUCUCAAGUCACAGCUUGAUAUCUCCUCACAGGCAGCUCAAGAUGCUAUUACGAAUACAAGAUAUGGCGCCCAAGUCUACUUUCAAGCAGCUCUGGCACUCAUUUGGGGUAGUAUCGCCGGUACAUCGGAUGUUUUGCUGGGGUCGGUAACGUCUGGCCGAACCAUUCCGGUAGAAGAUAUCGAAGGGAUUGUUGGGCCAAGUAUCGCUUCACUUCCUCUCCGAGUGGAUAUUAACGACUCUGCUGCGAUUUCUGAUGUCUUACGGAGCAUCAACGAGGGUAAUCGAAAAAUCAUGGAGCAUUGCCUAUUGCCGCUGUCAGAAAUUAGGAAGCUGUCAAGAUUGCAGGCGACUGAAGGGCUUUACGACGUGCUAUUCGUUUACCAGGAAUCUCUAUAUACAAAGAGUCGAAAGGAGGCGGCUAUGAGAGAAAUUCGACACUUGGACCGCUUGGAAACAAAACUGCUGUUGGAGGUGGAGCCGAAUGAUGCUGGGUUUUCCAUACAAGCUACGUAUCAUACUGAUUGGUUUCCGUCAGCCGUGGUAGAAAUACUGGUUGAGCAAGUCAAGGCGGUUUUCCAAUACAUCAUUCAGCAACCUGAUGAAUCAAUUCGGACGGUAAGAGAGGCCAUUACCAUUGAGGCAUCUGUUGCGAAUACCGACCCUGAGAAACUACAAGACGAGGUUGACCUUGCUACUUUGUUCGAGGCCGUGGCUGCGAAAACUCCUGAAGCGGAUGCCAUCUGUUUUAGCAAAUCACUCUCAGAAGUUCCUAUGACUGCGGAUACCAUGUCAUACGAAUCUCUAAAUCAACUCUCCAACCAGAUUGCUCGCUUCCUGUUGGGUCGAGGAGCCGAGCCAGGCCAAGUCAUCGCCAUCGUUAUGCAAAAGUCACCCCUUCUCUACGCCUCGAUCCUUGGAAUCGUCAAGGCAAGAUGUGCAUACCUGCCUCUUCUCCCGUCUACACCAAUUGAGAGAGUGAAAGACAUCUUUGGAUCAGGAAACAUUAGGCGUUGCGUGGUAGACAGUGGCUCCAUACACACACUUCGGGAUAUAUCUGAUGUUCAAUUCAUGGACGUUGAAUCAGCUCCGUUGGAUGACAUUGCAAACAACAACUUGGACUUGACAGUGGAUAUGUCGAGGCUGGCUUAUGUGAUUUACACCUCGGGGACAACAGGAGUGCCAAAAGGUGUGGCCGUGAGUCAGAAAAACAUUGUCAACAAUGUUACAUAUCUCGCAUCCGUAUACCCUAGCGCUCAACGAAAGGCCGGCCGACUAUUACAAGCUUGCUCACAGGCAUUUGAUGUAUCCGUCUUUGAGAUUUUCUUCACUUGGCACGCUGGCAUGUGUCUCUGCGCUGCUGUCAACGACGACUUGUUUGAAGAUCUGGAGCAUUCAAUUCGCCAGUUUCAGAUUACACACCUCAGUUUGACGCCCACGGUGGUGUCUCUAAUUGACCCCAAAAAUGUGCCCGACGUUGAAUUUCUAGUUACAGCGGGAGAGCCCAUGACUCUGUCUGUUCUCGAUUCUUGGGGAGACUUGCUGUGGCAGGGAUAUGGGCCGUCGGAGACGACAAAUAUUUGCAGCGUCAAGCGAAUGAAGCCGGGCGAGUAUAUCGAGCAUCUUGGCUGGUGCUUCCCCAACACAUCUAUCUUUGUGCUUUAUCCAGACGGCCUUUGCACUGUUCCAAUCGGCUGGAUAGGCGAGUUUUGCUUUGGUGGAGAGCAGGUCGCUGAUGGCUAUCUGAAUAUGCCGGAGCUGACGGCAGAAAAGUUUAUCAAUCACCCAGACUAUGGUCUCAUUUACCGUUCUGGUGAUAUGGGAAGGAUGCUUCCGGAUAAAUCGCUUCUUAUACUGGGCCGUAUUGAUGAUCAGCUUAAACUCAAAGGCCAACGAAUUGAAGCUGGGGAAGUCAAUAGCGUGAUAACUUCAAAUCCCUCGAUCCACGCUGCGGUAACUACGUUGGUUAGACGAGAAAAUGGUGCGGCAGAUCAACUUGCUUCAUUCUAUACGUUUUCCCAAGGACCCGACGAAGUGUUCAAGACGUUGGAUGCUGAUACCGAAUCUCAUCGUUCUUUAUACGCUACUUUGGUGUCGAGAUUACCGUCGUAUAUGGUGCCUUCAUAUCUGAUACCAGUCUCUCGAAUACCGCUUACAUCCAGCGGCAAGGUUGAUCGGCGAAAACUACAGUCUUGUUUCGAGGCUCUUUCUCAAGAGUAUCUUGAAAGUGUGUCUAGCACUGUAAAUAUGCAGGAUGAUGCAGACUGGAGCGAAUCGGAAACAAAGAUAGCAGAUGUUAUUUCACAGUCCUUGGGCGUGCCCCGAUCUGACAUUGGUCGCUGGACGCCAUUUGCAACAAUCGGCUUGGACUCGAUAUCGGCAAUUGGUGUGUCUCGCAGCCUCAAUGCUCGACUAGAGCGUCGGGUUCCUAUUUCGGCAAUCUUGCAGCACUCAUCUGUCACACAGUUUGCGCGCUUUGUUCAAGAUCACUCGGAAAGACAUGGCCCUACAAAGGACGUAGUCUUCUUUUCCGAUUCCUUCACUGAGCAAGUCCGCAAAUCUUUUGCGCAGGAGUCAUACUCGAUUGGUCAAAUAUUACCGUGCUCUCCCCUGCAAGAAGCUAUGUUAUCCCAAGGCAGUUAUUAUAACAGAAUUCUUCUGCGCCUUCAUCAUCCUGUUGAUGAGAUGAAGGGCUACUGGGAGGAGAUGACGCGGCGGCAUAGUAUCCUCAGAACAUGUUUUGUCACUACUGAUGAUGUCAAGUUUCCAAUUGCCCAAGUUGUUCUGGACAACUGGGUUAUUCAGUGGGGGGAGUUUACUGUCGCUGCCUCUCUCGAUGAGGCUGUCCAUCAACAUUUGGCCGGCGUACCUGACCCCUUGGAUACACGAGUGCCGCCUCUCUCUUUUGCCAUUAUACAGCGGGAAGACUCGAUGUUUUUAUCUUUCAUAUGCCAUCAUGCCCUCUAUGAUGGAGUAGCAAUGGAGAAUCUCUGGAGGGAAGUAGAAGCACUGGCGCAUGGCGAGCAGUUACCUCCUCCCAUCUCUUAUACCCCCUUUCUACAAGAAGCGCUAUGUCUGCCUGAUGAUGUUGAGAAGUUUUGGAGCAAUCAUUUCCGAGGCUAUGAUCCCUUGAAUGUUUUCAAGAAGCCUUCAGGAAGCAAUAUCGUUCAAUGCACGCAUCGAGAGACUCUGGAGAUAUCCUAUGGCGAAGUGAAAACCCGGCUGAGGUCUCUUGGAGUAUCGUUACUCUCUGUAUGUCAGGCAGCUUGGGCAGAUACUCUUGCAGUCUGCUCAACCUCCACCGACGUCUGUUUUGGACUCGUCAUGAAUGGCCGCACAUUGGACAUUGAAGGUCUUGACAGACUGGUUGCUCCCUGCUUCAACACGAUUGCAAUAAGAAAAGAUGUUUGUACCUCUUCUCGCAAUAUUGAUCUUGCCAAGUCGUUUCAGCGCCUCAACUCUGAUGUUCAAAGGUAUCAAUUCUCGCCUCUACGAUUGAUCCAGAAACUCGGUGCAAGAGAGGAUCGCAAACUGUUUGAUACGCUGCUGCUGCUCCAGAGCCCGUCGCAGGACAUGGAUGCCGGGGUAUGGACACUUGAAGAGGAAACUGGAGAGAUGGAUAUCCCGGUUGUCUGCGAAGUUGUUCCACACUCCGGCUCAGACUCUAUCGCGAUCAAUAUGCAUUACGACAGGGGUGCUCUCGGCGAAGAUGUUGCAUCAACGCUUGCCGAGGUAUUCAAGACCUUCUUUCAAACUAUUUUGGAUCAUCCGUCAGCUGCUCUACCCGAUAGAAGCCAUCUGCAGUCUACUCAUCUAUCUGUAUUAAGUACACUCACUGCAAAGAGGAAUACUCUUGUAGCAUCAGAGGAACUUGAGAUGAAUGACGCAGAAUGGACAGAGGUGCAGAAACAGGUUCGCCAAGUUCUCUCAAGCCUCUCUGGAAUCCCCAUCCAGAGGAUUCACCCAGAAACGAGCAUUUUCAGGCUGGGGCUGGACAGUAUUAACGCGGUUCAAGUGGCUGCUAUGCUUCGACGAGAGGGAUUCAAGGUAUCUGCCUCCGAUGUCAUUGAAUGCCAGACUUGCGUCAAAUUGGCAGGUAGGAUAUCUGUGCUCUCCAAAGGCAGCGAGGACACGUCUGGAUACAAUUUUGACAAAUUUUCACAAGAGAUUUCGGCUCAGAUUCAAGACAAGGUGCCUGAUACUGCGACUAUAGAGGCAGUCCUUCCGAGCACCCCCCUUCAGUGCGCAAUGCUUGUAUCGUUCAUCCAGUCUCGAGGGCAAAACUACCUCAACCUUUUAUCGUAUGCAGUGGACAAUACUAUUUCAGAGGACGAUUUGGUUCGUGCCUGGGAAGCCCUUCAAAUUCACCAUCCUAUGCUUCGGACAGGAUUUACUGCAGUCCAGCAUCGACAUGGCUCAUUUGCAAUGUUGCGAUACUCUACAUCAGAAUCUAUCAAGACAGCCAGUCAUAUAUUCUGUCUGGAAUCACAGGAUAAACUGCAAGGAUGGAAAGAAAAAGAAGCAGCGGCAAUCCUAAGCAAUCUCCAUCUCCCACCCUGGAGGGUUUCUCUGACCCAGGUCGAUGGCGAACUCAUGAUGAACGUUCUGGUACACCAUGCUCUAUACGAUGCGCAAUCUCUUGAUCAGAUGAUGGGCGACCUAUCAAGGCUUGUAGCUGGGCAAAAUAUGCAUCACCGAUCGAUUGAGCCUGCAUUGAAUAUUAUCCUAUCCAGAAGCCUCAAUGACGAUGACGCUGCGCAAGAAUUUUGGAAAGAAAAGGCCGAAAUGGCAGUGGUAAACACUUUUCCUAUCAUGACACCUCUGCGAGAAGAUGAGAGAUCAAUGGUUUCUCAUGAAAUCAAAGCUUCUAUGACGCUUUCAUCCUUGCAAAUGGCGACCACAAAACAAGGCGUCUCUAUCCAGGCAGUCAUCCAGGCGGCAUGGACACGAAUCCUUUCCUCGUACUUGGGCGAAGAGUCUGUCGUGUUUGGCGUCAUUCUCUCUGGCCGUGGUAUGGAAGAGACGCGGGAUGCGCCGUUUCCUUGCAUGAACACCAUUCCCGUCAUUGCGGUGAAUCAGCCAUCGAAUACCGAGUUGACACGAUAUAUGAUGGAAUACAACGCCGGCGCACAUAGGCAUCAGCACACUCCUCUGACCCAGAUUCAAAAAUGGCUGGGCCAUCCUGCGACGCCUGUGUUUGAUACACUCUUAGUGUACCAAAAGCUGGAGACUGAGACUGGCAUCUCGAAACGUUGGAAGCUUGUAAACGACGAUGCAACUGUUGAUUAUCCAGUGUCUCUGGAGGUUAAGCCGCAUAAUGACGACAUCCAGAUUUGCAUCACAUUCUUCAGUGACAUCUUACCAAAAGAACAAGCAGAGCUACUCGUCAGACAAUUCGAUGCAAUGAUGACACACAUUGCCACCGAGCCUGACGGUGACGAGGAUGGCAUCUACCGAUUGAAGCCUGAUCUUUUUGCGAUAACACCUCCCGUCUCACCAGAGCUGCCUGCACCUGUACAGCUCCUGCAUCAGUUUGUUGAGAAAAGAGCUCUGUCACAUCCUAAUGAUGUCGCUCUCGAGUUUGUUAGCAGAUUUGAUGGCUCCCGUCCGGUGAAACAGGUGUGGACGUAUGCUGAGUUCGACGCAAUGGGCAAUAGAAUGGCCAACUUGCUAAGCAAUGUUGCUCCCGUGGGGAGCAUCGUUGCGAUUCACUUUGACAAGUGCCCAGAAGCGUAUAUCUCGAUUCUCGGAAUUCUCAAAGCUGGAUGUGCAUUUGUUGCUCUCGAUCCUGGUGCUCCUAGCGACAGAAAGGAGUUUAUUCUCAAAGACUCACUGGCACCUUGCUUGUUGACAACUUCGGAUGGCAAAAUAGACUUUGAUACAGGCCUCAGAGUUGUACGUAUUGAUCUUGAGUAUUUGGAAAAGCUGUCUGAUCAGAAACGCGACCUGGGUGCUGAUUUCACCCCUGAUGCGACAUGCUAUUGUCUGUAUACAUCCGGCACGACGGGAACUCCAAAGGGAUGUGAAAUCACGCACGACAACUGUGUGCAGGCAAUGAUGGCUUUCCAAGAGCUCUUCAAAGGGCACUGGGGCGAUGAUUCAAGAUGGCUUCAGUUUGCCGCCCUUCAUUUCGAUGUCUCUGUCUUGGAGCAAUACUGGAGUUGGUCAGCCGGCAUUACGGUCGUUGCAGCUCCAAGAGAUCUCAUCCUGGAUGACUUGAUUGCAUCCAUCAACAACCUGGAGAUUACACACAUUGACCUAACGCCAAGUUUGGCUCGCCUUACUCAUCCGGAUGAGGUACCGGGCUUGUGUAAAGGCGUGUUCAUUACCGGUGGUGAACAGCUCAAACAAGAAAUCCUGGAUGCCUGGGGACCAAAGGCGGUUAUUUACAAUGCGUAUGGUCCAACGGAGGCGACGAUUGGCGUGACAAUGUAUCAGAGAGUGCCCAUCAAUGGACGACCUAGCAACAUUGGUAAACAAUUUCUCAACGUGGGAUCCUACGUUUUCCGCAAAGGAACCGAGAUUCCUGUAUUACGAGGUGCCGUCGGAGAACUCUGUGUUUCUGGAAGACUGGUCGGUAAAGGAUACCUGAACCGCAAGGAGCUUACCGAAGAAAGAUUCCCGACGCUUUCAGAGUUUGGGGAAAGAAUUUAUAGGACUGGCGACCUUGUUCGUAUCCUCCAUGAUGGCUGCUUUGACUUUCUUGGACGUGCAGAUGACCAGGUCAAGCUCCGUGGACAGCGCUUGGAAAUUGGCGAGAUCAAUCACGUUAUCCGCACUGGUGUCUCAGAGAUUAAAGAUGUUGCGACAAUCGUCAUCAAGCAUGCAUCAAGUGGGAAAGAUGUUCUCGUUUCGUUCUUAGUCGGCGAGCAGCAGUCCAAAGCUGUAUUGGCACCGUUGGUGGACGAGACGAAUCUGAGCACAAAGGCCAAAGAAGCAUGCCGAGCAAAGCUUCCAGGAUACAUGAUUCCCACGUAUUUCUUGGCCCUUGCAUAUAUCCCACUGUCUCCCAACAACAAGGUCGAAGCGAAGGAGCUGAAGAAGCUGUUCAACGGCUUGUCGCAUGAGCAGUUGAUGGAUCUUACCGCGCCAAAGACUGCUUCUCGAUCUGUUCAUGGCGAAACGGGCAACAAGGUGAUGCAGAUUUUGUCCGAUUUUACGGGUGUCAGCCCAGAUACCAUUGAUGGAGAGACAAACAUCUUUGACCUUGGAGUGGACUCCAUCAGCGCUUUACAGCUAUCUACGCUCUUCAAAGAUCGAGGAUUUGCAGCAUGCUCGCCGGCUAUUCUACUGCGAAAUCCCGUUAUCGCAGAUCUUACUGCAGCGCUCUCUGAGCAAUUCCUAUCAUCUCACAAGGAUAGCCGCGUAAAAGAGUCGCAGCAAUUGAUACAGGCAUAUCACCAUCGAUACCGCGCACUUGCGUGCAGCAUCUUACAUCUUCAAGGGGAAGAUAUCGAGCACAUUGCGCCAUGUUCAGCCCUCCAGCAGGGAAUCAUUUCCAAGUCCGUCACAGAUGAGAUUCGAGGUACCUACUUUAACUCGUUUGUUCUGAGUUUGAACGGUGAUGCUUCAGAAGAGCGAGUAAAGGCUGCUUGGUUAGAGCUCAUAGCUUCCGAGUCUAUUUUGCGAACGGCAUUCAUCAAUACUACGGAGGGCUACGUUCAAGUCACAUUGAAGAAUAAGGACUUACGCUGGAUUGAACAAACGGUGCAGAACGAUGAGGACACCAAGGCGUUGUUGGACAGCCAGUGGCAAGAAUGGGUGCAGCAAAACAGCGAACAUGUCAUUGCGCCGCUUGGGGCGAUUCUGAUAAAGGGGACAAGCUCUAAGAAACUGGUUAUCCACAUUUUCCAUGCGAUGUACGAUGGAAAUAGCUUCGAGCUGAUGUUGCAGCGGCUGAAAUCCAUCUAUUCUGGACAAUCUACUGCACCAUCUCCGUCAUAUAUAGAGGCGCUGUCCCAUGGCCCAUUAUGGAGGCACGAGGACUGCCGCAGUUUUUGGGAAAACCAUCUCCAGGGCUGGACGAGUUCUUCGACUCUUCGGCUUUCAUCUUCGCACGAUCGUGCUGCCUCAGAAACUCGUAUUAUCGAUGGGAGUGUACUGGAAGAUGCUCGAAAGAGACAAAAAGUCACUUUGCAGCCAGUCAUUAUGGCAUUGUGGGCGUCAGUUCUUCAGAAAUACUAUCCUGAUGGGCUAACAAUGGGCCUGAUUGUCUCUGGAAGAUCAAUGGAUCUUCCUGGCGUCGAGAACACAAUAGGUCCGCUGUUUAACACUGUACCCUUCUUCAACAAGACGCUGAAUGGCCAAACUUGGGCGUCGCUUAUCCGCAAAUGCAGCGAGUUUGGCACAAGCAUAUUGCCAUUUCAACACGUUCCACUGAAGAGCAUCCAGAAGUGGUGUGCUGGCGGCCGGCAAUUAUUCGACAACCUCUUUGUGUUUGAGGUCGAGCGGGAGACAAAGGAUGAGCCGAAUCUUUGGGAAAUAGCAGAUGGGCCUUUGAAUCCGGAUUACCCAUUGGCAUUGGAGGCCAAAAGGUUGUUGGAUGGCAAUGUCCAACUUACGCUUGUUGCACAGCGAUUCGUGGCGGAUGAGUCAAAGCUUCAAGAAAUGCUAGAUGAACUUGAAGAGAGCGUCAGACUCAUGGUUGCUGAUGGCCCAUUCCCCAAGUCUACUGAAGAGGAUGGAGUACCGCCUUCUGUUGAGCAAAACGGGUUCAAGUGGGCAGAUGACGAGGAUGACCAAACAUUCGAGUGGACUAGCCAGGCUAUCAGCAUCAGAGAUGCAAUCGCCUCGCUUUCUAGCCUAGACGAUGCUGAAAUUUCGACUGCAAAGACCAUUCUUGAACUUGGUCUGGACAGUAUUGAUGUGAUUCAGCUUUCUGCCAGGCUCAAGCAAAGAGGCAUCUUUCUACCAGCUUCUCACAUUAUGCGUCAACAGACAAUUGCAAAGAUGGUGGCAUCUAUUGAGACGGAGCACUCUGGAGAACUAUCCAAUGGCAAUACAGACUCUGCUUUCGACGAACUUGAGCAGAAGCUCUGGUCAUACGUCAAAAAGGUCGGGUUGAACACGAGUGAUGUAGAAGACGUGCUGCCGCCAACGCCUCUCCAAGAGUCCAUGGCGGCCGGGAUGAUUCACUCUAACUUUGAGUGGUACUUUAACCACGAUCUUCUUGAGAUUUCGGCGGGGAUAGAUGCUGAAAAACUCCGAGAAGCCUUCCUUGCGGUUAUCGAACAGUCGCCGGUUCUUCGAACGGGAUUCCUUGAAGUGGAUGAUUUGCAGCUCGAGAUGGCAUACUGCCAGGUUGUGCGUAAGUACUGGAACCAGAAAAUUAACAGUGUCCAAGUGCAAGAUUUGGGUGAGAUGGGCGCUCUUAUCGAAGAUGCAAAACGGAUCGCGAGAGCAAGCAGCGGAGUUGAUGCUCUAUUCCAGCUCAAGUUCGUGACGUGCAAAGAGAAGACGUUUGUUCUUGUGUCGAUUGCGCAUGCUUUGUAUGAUGGAUGGUCUCUGAGUCUGCUUUACCGAGAUUUAGAAACGGCAUAUCAUGGUCAGCUGCAGUCGAGGACAUCUGCGAAACCAUUUCUUCAAAGAAUACUUGCCUCGGCCACUGACGAAGCCCGUCGAUUCUGGGCCGGCCAUCUCGACGGUGUUGCGCCAUCGAUUCUCCCCGAACGACCAGAGGAUGGCGUGGACAAAGCCCUGCAUCGCAGAGAAUAUUCCGCAAGCAAACACAUGUCCGAAAUCGCCUCCUUCUGCAAGAAACAGGGCAUCAGUCUGCAAGUCUUAUGCCAGGCUUGCUGGGCUCUCGUACUCGCUCACCGGAUCAAGGCCUUGGAUGUGACGUUUGGCGUCGUCAUGUCCGGUCGCGAUUUCGAAGGGGCCGAAGAUUUAAUGUUUGCUACCAUCAACACGGUAGCACUCAGAUGCAUUCUACAUGGAACCUCUGUGUCUUUUUUACGAUACCUUGAAGCGAGCAUGGCGGAUAUCCGGGACCAUCAAUCGUAUCCCCUGAGAAAGAUUCAAAACGCGGUGCAGUUGUCCAGCGGCGAACUGUUCAACACGCUGUUUAUGCUCCAAAAGUUUCCGUACAGCUCAUCUGCGAAUCCCUUGUUGAAAUCUGUCGAUGGUGCUUCAGCCGUUGACUAUCCUGUGAGCAUCGAGGCGGAAGCUGUUGGUGAUGAUCUCGUUUGGCGAGUCGCUUGUCAGUCGCAAUUCAUCUCGGAGGAUGGGGCUGAAGGGCUGUUGGGAGAUUUGAACCGAGUUUUGGAGUUUUUGACAUACUCCGAAGAGCUCGAGAUACUCUCAUUCCAAGAAGAUGGUGUUUCGAUAGGUGGAUUGUCGCUCAUUUCGCUGGCUGAGGAUGAGCCUCUAAUCAAUGGUGAUCAUGGGCAAGGCCUAGCUAUUGAACAAACAGAGGACGAACUUGACGAAGCUGCAUUAACAAUCCGGAAAAUCCUCAGUUACGUGUCGGAUAUUCCAGAAGAGUCCAUCCGACCCCAGAGCAAUCUCUAUCAUCUUGGCCUGGACUCCAUCAGCGCCAUCAAGCUGUCUUCUCUCUUGCGCAAGGAAGGUCUCUACCUCAACCCGAGAGAUUUCAUCAGAGCGACGAGCAUCAGCCAAAUGGCGCAACUUGCGACGCCUCUGCAAACAAACGGCAAUACCAUCCACCCAAAAGUAACGGCGUGGACCCCUGAAGACAUCGACGUUGAUGAGCUUCUUUCUGAUGCGCACAUCUCCAAAAAUGAUGUCGAGGUGAUUCUUCCAGCGUUGGCUAUGCAAGUUUACAUGAUCAGUGCAUGGCAGAAUGCAGAGGGCAACGUCUUUUACCCUGAAUUUCAGUAUCUAGUCGAGGGGAUUGCUAGUGUUGAAGAUGUUUACUUGGCUUGGCAGUCUCUAGUUGCUCAGACACCGAUUCUGCGCACUGUUUUCAUUGCCACAGACUCUCCUCAGCAGCCAUUCUUACAGGCCCUUCUCAAGACCAGUCACCAGUCUGAUGAUUCUGCCAUCAAGCCAAUGGCGAACCUCGAUGUUGUCAGAAGAGAAGAUGGCAAAAUAGUAGUCAGGCUAAAGAUUCACCAUGCGCUCUACGACGGCGUCAGUAUUCCGGUAAUUAUGAAUCGUUUGUCGGAGCUUCUCAAAGGAAAUACUCUCGCAGUUGAGCAAGGGAUCGACGAAUGGUCAAGAUACACCAUCCAACCAUCUCUUGAAGAUUCCCGGCAGUCUCGCAGAGCCUUUUGGACAUUGUAUCUGCAAGGCUGCUCCUCAGAUGGCGACUCUUCUGCUUCCAUCAUGGCGGGCAAACACCGAGUAUCGCAUUUACGACGGUCCGCAGUAUCGAAUAUCGCAUACCUUCAAACGGCGGCCAAAGACAAAGGUGUCAGCCUGCAAGCGCUGUUCUUUGCAGCAUAUGCCAAGAUUCUUGCAGCAGGAAAUAUUGGAGUAACAGACGAUGGAAAGAAGACUGUCGUGUUUGGGAUUUACCUUGCCAAUCGAACAGAUGAAGCUCUUCCUCUGACAUUCCUAACACUCAAUCUUGUUCCUUUGAGGGUUCGACUGGCACCCAACGACAGCAUUCUCGAAAUUGCCGACAUGAUACAGAAUGACAUUCACGUUAUCGCUGCUAAUGGCCGUGCCGAUGUCGGUCUAUGGGAGGUUGCAGCUUGGACAGGUGUCAAGGUCACGUCGUUUGUCAAUUUCCUCAGCCUUCCCGAUGCCAUCUCCGAAACACCAAACGGCAAUUCAACAAGAAUUGGACUUAUUCCGCUGCAAAACGAAGAGUUUGCUCAAGAGGCGGAAGAAGAAGUAUCGUUUCACCCUUGUCUGUUGAAGAAUCCCGUGAGAGAGACGUUCCCGGCUGCAAUAGAUAUUGAGGCAUCGAUACAAGGUAAGAGUCUCGAUAUUGGAAUAUUUGGGUCUCGUCAGCGACUAUCCGACCAAGGGGCGGUUCAUCUGGUUGGCGAGAUUGUCUCAUACUUGGAGGAAUUAAAUGGCGAAGAGGGCGAAGAGAUGGAAGCGUGGGCAUCGACUUGGGUGACUGGCAACAGCAAAAAGAAAUGA